UGGCUGUCAAGUUUGACUGAUCUACACAAAGUUUUCGCUACGACGCCUUGUAAGUGUACGCUACUCUUUUCUUUUGUAUAAAAUCGAACUAAUCAAAAUUUGGAGAAAAUGCAAAACACUAUCGUUAAAAUAAUUUUACGUCCUUGAGGUGAAGAAUGAACAGAGCAAGUAAUCCAUGUAAGUUGCAAUGAACAGCGGUUAUGUUUUUCAAUGGAAAGCGAUAUAACGACAAUGGCGGCAAUGUCUCCGUCGAAGCGGAGAUUACAGAAAGAAUUAAUGUCUUUAAUACGUGAACCACCACCAGGCGUGCAUGUAGAUGAAGAUCUUGCUGGUCAAAAUUUAACACAAUGGAUUGUUCACAUGGAAGGUGCAAAAGGCACUUUGUAUGAAGGGGAACGAUUUCAACUGCAAUUCAAAUUUAGUUCUAAAUAUCCAUUUGAUUCGCCAGAAGUAACUUUCAUAGGUGGAAAUAUACCAGUGCAUCCUCAUGUGUAUAGCAAUGGUCAUAUAUGCUUAUCCAUUCUAACCGAUGAUUGGUCUCCAGCUUUAAGCGUGCAAAGUGUUUGUUUAAGUAUUGUAUCAAUGUUAAGCAGUUGUAAAGAAAAGAGGCCACCUGACAAUUUAUUUUAUGUGAGAACAUGUAAUAAAAAUCCCAAGAAAACAAAGUGGUGGUAUCAUGAUGACAGUGUGUAACAGCAACUGCUAAAAUCCUUAACAACUUGUCAAUGUGCAGUUAUUGCUGGACCAAGUGGAAUGACAUUUUUUGUGUUUUAAAGUAAUUAUUAAAAUUUCAUAGAUGAAAUUGCUGAAAUAACUUCAUCACAUAUUUAAAAUAUUAGGUGCAUAAGUUAGAGAAAAAGCAAAGGCUACAUAUUACUUAUUAUUGCAAUAAAGAAGUGAUGUAAAAUGUGUGAAUUAAAUAAUCCAGUUAUAAAUUAUUACGAGGUUACUAAAAAUAGUACAUGUUAUCCCACAGUUGAACAGAAGAAAGAAAUUACAAAAUGAGAAAACAAUGGAAAAAGAAGUGCACAUAUUAUAUUAAUGUGCAAUGAAAGUGUUUUAUUAUUUGUGUAGAAAGUGCACUGUACAAUGGUAUCAAAUUAAUAUAUUUCAGUAAUCACUAUUAAUAGCAUACCUUUAAAAAUCUA